AUAACAAAACGUAAUCAAUGAAGUAAAAUAUUGAAAUAUGUCCUUUGAAAUAUAUAAUUUGUCAAACAUUCAAAAUAUGAAGUGAUUUUCACUGAUAUAACCUUAUUUACAAGUUGAUUGUGUAAUAUUUACUCGAAUUAGUAUAAAAUUGUAUUAUCACAAAUUGAUUUUCGUGUUAGUGAUAUAAUACAUGAAAUGACCGGUUGAGGUUAUGAAAUCGUUCUUAUAAAUAUUUUUCUUUUAAUUUCUUCGACUGUUAUGAAAUACUAGGGAAUAUCAAAGAAAUUACGUUAUAAUAAUGUCGAGAAUACUACACAAUCGCAUGAGAUCGUCCCUCAAACGCACAAGUUUCACAUGUGUAGACAAGCGUGCAGUAGCAUUCUCAAUAUGGACUGGCCGCGGGAUGCUUCUCCACAAACCGAUGGACCCGAGCUUGAUACACCGCAGGAGGUAUGGCAUGCUGGUCGCGCGCGCGGUUCGAGGAAUGCUCAAGAUACGAUACCUGCUGCUCGGUGGAGCUGUUGGGGGUGGCAUGACUUUGAAUAAGAAAUAUGCAGAAUGGAAAGACGGUCUUCCAGACAUGGGUUGGUUGAACGAACUGCUGCCGGACAAUGAGCAGUGGGACCGGUUCACAACUACCCUCAUCAACGCUAAGGACAAAAUCGGCGAUCAGCUGCAAAUUGGUGUCCCUCUGACGCUGUCGCUGCACGCAGAUCCGCGCCUGCGCGACGCGGUGGCGCGCGCGGCCGAGCUGCGCGGCUGGAUCGCGCAGCGGUACGAGGACGCUGUCGCCGCUGCUGCUGUCAGCAAUGCGCAGCAAGCAGAGCCGACAUCUAAAAUAGUGAACAAUUUGCAAAGUCGACCGGCGCCGUCUCCCUCCCACAGUCGAUCGAACGAAGACGCCGCCACUUACGAAAAACGAGUCCACGCCCUGCAAGAGGAGGUGUUGGCGUUGCAAGCGCGUUACCAGCGCGAGUUGCAGCGACUCGAGCAGGAGAACCGGGAGUUGCGGCAGCAGAACAUGCUGCUCAAGCAGGGACGACAGCCGCCCGUCAGGAAAAUGAAGCGCUCCCUGAUCGACAUGUACUCGUCAGUGUUGGACGAACUCUCCGGCUGGGAAGCAGGCGAGGCGGACCGGCUGCCGCGCGUGGUGGUGGUGGGAGACCAGUCCGCCGGCAAGACCUCGGUCUUGGAGAUGAUAGCGCAGGCGCGCAUUUUCCCGAGGGGCGCUGGGGAGAUGUGUACCAGAGCACCAGUGAAAGUGACCCUCUCCGAAGGUCCGUACCACGUCGCGCAGUUCAGAGACUCGUCGAGGGAGUUCGACCUGAAUAAGGAAUCGGAUCUUGCCGAUCUUAGAAAGGAGGUGGAGUUGCGCAUGCGCAACAGCGUCCGCGGCGGUAGGACGGUGUCCACGGACGUGAUUUCCAUGUCCGUUAAAGGACCUGGACUGCAUCGCAUGGUGCUCGUUGAUCUGCCCGGUGUCAUCUCCACCCAAACGGUCGACAUGGCGUCGGACACUCGCGAAGCUAUCAAACAGAUGACCAAGCAGUACAUGGAUAAUCCGAAUGCGAUCAUUCUGUGUAUACAGGAUGGGUCAGUGGACGCAGAGCGCAGUAACGUGACGGACCUGGUGUCCUCGUGCGACCCCAGCGGCAAGCGGACCAUCUUCGUGCUCACCAAGGUGGACCUCGCCGAAGAGAACCUGGCCAACCCCAACCGGAUCCGGCGCAUCCUGGAGGGCAAGCUGUUCCCUAUGAAGGCUUUGGGAUACUACGCGGUGGUGACGGGCCGCAGCCGACGCGACGACUCCAUACAGAACAUCAGGGACUACGAGGAACGGUUCUUCAGCUCUUCCAAACUGUUCAAGGAUGGUCUGGUGACCCCGUCGCAGGUGACCACUCGGAACCUGUCGCUGGCAGUGGCGGAUUGUUUCUGGCGGAUGGUGCGCGCGUCGGUGGAGCAGCAGGCCGACGCGUUCAAGGCGAUGAGGUUCAACUUGGAGACCGAGUGGAAGAAUACUUUCCCUAGACAGCGCGAGCUGGACCGCGACGAGCUGUUCGAGCGCGCGCGCGCGGAGCUGCUGGACCAGUCGGCCGAGCUGUCGGCCGUGCCCGCGCCCGCCUGGGAGCUGCGCCUGCAGGCCGCGCUGUGGCACGAGGCCGCCGCCCGCGUCUUCGACUCCAUCUACCUGCCCGCCGCCGCCACGGCGCAUGACGACGUCGACAAAUUCAACACAUCAGUGGAUAUCAAACUGCGCGAAUGGGCGGAGAAGGAACUGCCGGUGCAGUCCAUACGCGCGGGCAGGGACGCGCUGCGCGACGAGUUCUCGGAGCUGAUGACCAGGACCAGCGAGUCUGACGCUGUGUACGAGCCGGUCAAGAAACAGGCUGUGGAUGAAGCCCUCCGAAGACAUACUUGGGAGGAGAGAGCGCAGGACGUCCUGCGAGUGCUGCAGCUAAACGCCCUGCAAGACAGAUGCGUGAACUCGCGCGCGGAUUGGGACGCGGCCGUGUCGCUCAUGGACACCGCGCUUAAGGAACGACUCCAGGCGGUCCAGAAGGACCUCACUGAACUUACUGGCCCAGGGUUCAAAGAGCGCUGGCUGUACUGGCAAUCGAGUACGGAAGAGCAAAACCGACGCGCGGAAGUAAAGGGAGAGCUUGAGAGGCUCGGCUCCACCCGCCCAGUACUGGCGUAUGACGAGGUAGUCGCUGUAAGAGAUAACUUACGACGCAAAGGAAUAGAAGUCGACAAUGAUUAUAUACGAGAGACGUGGAGGCCUGUUUAUCUUAAGAAUUUCUUACAAAAAGCCCAGACGCGAGCGCGCGAUUGCAGAAAAAGCUUCUAUUUGUACAGUCAACAGAAUGGAAAUGGGGAGUGCUGCGAGGUGGUGAUGUUCUGGCGGGUGCAGGCCACUCUGAGGACCACGGCCAACGCCCUACGGCAACAGAUCGGCAACAGGGAGGCUGCCAGACUCGACAGGGAGCUCAGGGAAGUGCUGGAUGAGAUGGCGGCCGACCCGGAACUCAAGAAGAAAUUGUUAUCGGGCAGACGAGUGGAGCUGGCGGAAGAAUUAAAGCGAGUAAGACAAGUGCAGGAGAAAUUGGAGGAAUUCAUAGAGGCGCUGAACAAAGAGAAGUAGAGAACCUGGCGGACCUGGUCUGGACUGUAGAUACAGACGUUGAGAUUAGUAAGAGGGGGGAGGAAACCAAACAUUAGUUGAACUGGCAUUUCACCAAUGUUAGUUAACAUUGUCUUCACUAUACUGUAUGGUAUCAUAAUAGUUUUCUUGUAAUAUCAAUGUAUACCGAUAGUUCAUAAUUCAGUUAUACAAUACUAACUUUUGUUCGCGGCUUCGCCCGAGUGAAAGAGUUUUCCGGGAUAAUGUUUUUUUCGACUUACUUGAUAUGUAUCGUUAUGUUAUGACCAAAUUACACAAAAUCAUUAUAAAUUGUAGCCUAUGUGUUAUUCUGAUGUAUAACUAAUAUAACUGUAAAAUUUCAUCCAAAUCCGUUCAGUAGUUUUUUCGUGAAAGAGGAACAAACAUACAUACAUCCUCGCAAAUUUUUGCAUUGAUAAUAUUAGUAGGAUUGCUCUCUCUCUCUCUGGCACACGAGUCGGAUAACUACUUGAGAAUAUGUGACUGUAUCAAGUGAGGGCCAAAAUAUUAUCUCCUUUAUAAAGAAUGGACGUUUGAAAACUGGUUGGUCAAACUUUUAAUACAGUUUCAAAAAUGUGAGAGAAAAAGUGUGAGACGUAUAGUUGUCUUUUUCUAGAAUUUGUACUGGCUGCGUCACAUUCCCUUUGUCACCUAAAGAAGUUAACACUAUGAUGAUAUUGGUACAUCUUGUAUAUGCCUCAUAGCAAAGUAACAUGGGAACAUAACAAAUGUUGCCGAUUUUCCAUGUUCAAAUUGUAUGUAAAUUAAGUUGAGCAAGAAAUGAGUUAUUUGAAUAGUAUGAAAUUUUGUAUGUAAUGGAAAAUCGGCGAUGUAAUUACCUCUUCACGCAUUAACGCAUGCUUCUCUGUUGUUUUAAAUAUAAAUUCUGUUGGUAUUUCCUAUUAUAAAUAAAAUUUGAUGUGUACAGUAAAUAGCAAAAACCUUUUCGAUCAAAGGUAGUUAUGAAUUCUGUAUAUUUUAUACCAAACAUUGAAAAAAAUUGUACUUAAAUGGAUACUAGCAACAGUUCAGAGCCUUAUUCUGUAUGAUAGUGUAAACACGUAACGCGGCCGUUUCAUUUUAUCUUCGAGAAAUGUGCGUGGAAUGGUAUUCUGUAAGUCAAAAUUCUAUAGUCCUAAACAUGAUGCGUUGUGUUAAGCACUGUUAAAAUAACGUGCGGGAUAGAGAAUAAGGCCCCAGAGUUUGUUUCAGAACAACUAUUUCUCAGGUGUCUUAUGUAUGAAAUAUAAUAUGCUCUAAAUAUUUUGCCAUGUCUUAAUCAUUCAGACAGCAUUGUAUGGACUUGCAGUUCAACUAUAUACAUUUAUAUUAUGCUCUUAGCAGGUCAAUAUAGAUGGGUAAUGCUUAUGUGAUCCUGUAUUUUGAGAUAUAUGUAUUAUUUACUACAGUUGGUUGAUUAUAGAAUGGUAGCCUUGUAAUCAUACCAUAGGUAAAUUUGAUGUAGAUUUUUUUUUUCUAAUUCAUAUUCCAAGUAUAUUUUAAAUUAUAUAUUCUGCCGUAUUCUUUUUAUACAGAUACGGCAAAGUGACCCCACUGCAUCUGAUGGUAAGUGGAGUUGGGGUCCAAUAGAAUGUCGACUGACGAGAGAUGAUUACCCGUCGGCAGUCGACACAAUUAUGCCGGCCUGUUGAAACCUUAUGUACACAGGCCGAUCUCCGAACGCGACACACUUACGUCGGCCUACUAAUCAGUCAAUGAUGCUAUUGCAGCUAUUUUCAAUGAUUUUAAAGUGUCAAGAAUCAUGGAAAGAAGAUAAAGGUGCUGACUUCAAACCUGACAUAAAAGUUGAUUGAGUUGAAAUAAAUAUAUUUACAAUUUGUAAAUCUUCAAACACAGAUUUCCCUUAUGGACUUUAUUUUUCUUUAAGUUUUGUGUAUACCAAUACAUAACUUGUUUGAUAACAUUUUCUCUACUCCCCUCUCUGACUACAAAUCUUGGGAAGAUAUCCGUUGUAGAUUAUAUUUACUCUGUAUAUGUAAUGUAUGUUUAGGUUUUUGUGUGUGGCCAGUGUAAAUGUAAUGACAUAGUUUGAUACUUUAUCAUUAUUUAUUCAUAAAUAAUUAUUCGCCUCAUUAGCCGAAUAGCUGUAAAUGGUCUUUGGUUCCUUUAAGAAGUAGAGUGAAUUUCCAGGCCAAUGAUUUUCAUGAGUUUUUCAGUGUGAAAAACAUGAUUUGCCCUAGAAAUUGUAUAGAUAGUCGAAGUUGGGAAGUUGGUUUUUAUUCAAAUAUUUCUCUCAGUAGUAAAAGAGGCCCGUGCCCAGUGGACAGUAUA